ACAUUCUGGGCCCCUGACAGUCCAAUACAGAUCACAAUAGUGCUCUUAGUUGAGAAGAUCAUACUAGCAAUGGGAGACGAGUUGAAGAUAUACCUCCCCCCAAUGGUACAGCCAGUACUUCGUCUCUUUAUGCAAGAUCAGAGCGAACAGAAGCUUGUUACUCAAAAGAUGCUUUGUGCUCUUCAAUAUUGUGGCUCUAGUUUAGAUGAUUACCUUCAUUUGCUAGUUCCAGCAAUUGUUAAAGUUUUUCAGAAUCCAACUAACCCAAUAGAAGCAAGAACUAUAGCACUGGAGACUAUUGAGAAACUGAGUAGUUCCCUUGACUUCUCUGAUUAUUGUUCUCAGAUCAUUCAUGCUGUCGUUGAUGUUUUAGAUACUGUCCCUGAUCUACGUGGUGUGGCUAUGGACGUCCUUUGUUCAAUGAUGAUUCAGUUAGGACCACGCUACAAGAUAUUCAUUCAAAUGGUGAAAAAGGUAUUAACAAAGUAUCGUUACUCUCAUGCUGCCUAUGAGCUCCUGUUGUGUAGACUAUUAAAAGAUGAGCCACUCACUCCUGAUGAUGAUGUAGAGCGACACAUCAAAUCAAGGAAGCAGCAAAGCACUGAUGAUGAAGCAGCAGAGAUUGAGGCAGUGUCUUUUAAGAAGUUUUCACUUGACGUGAACUCCUUAACAAAAGCCUGGAGCACUGCUGGUAGGAUAUCAAAGGAUGAUUGGAUUGAAUGGCUGAGAAGAUUAGGAGUUGAACUAUUAAAGGAGAGCCCCUCUCCUUCAUUAAGAUCCUGCUGGGCACUGGCUCAAGCUUACAAUCCACUGGCCAGGGAAUUAUUCAAUGCCGCCUUUGUAUCAUGCUGGAUGGAAUUAAAGUCUGUCCAUCAAGAGGAUCUGGUGGUUAAUUUGAAGCAGUUCCUCACUAGGGACAGUAUCCCUGAGAUAACUCAAACUGUCCUUAACUUAGCCGAGUUCAUGGAGCACUGUGAGGAGGCCACUGGACGGUUUCCUCUAAGCUCAGAACUAUUAGGAGAGUGUGCUAUGAAUUGUAGAGCCUAUGCUAAGGCUCUUCACUACAAGGAAGAGGACUUUCAUCGUGGAGUGACACCAAAGCUACUAGAGUCACUGAUUGCUAUUAAUAAUAAGCUCCAACAGCCUGAUGCUGCUGUGGGUGUACUGAUGUUUGCUAAGGAAAGACAGCAAGGAGACUUUAAAAUCCAAGAGGAGUGGUAUGAGAGUCUCAAUGAUUGGGAAGCAGCUCUUCACUUGUAUCAGACCAAGCAGUACAGUAGACCUGAUGAUAUCAAGAUAGCCCUGGGCCGAAUGAGGUGCCUUCAUGCUAUGGGAGAAUGGAAUCGUUUGUACGACAUAGCAAGUGAGAUGUGGCCAUUAGGAGAUGAUGACACUCGCCAGCAGAUGUCAGUAAUGGCGACUGCAGCAGCCUGGGGCCUCAACCAGUGGGAGAGUAUGGAAGAGUACGUUAGGUGUAUACCUAAGGAGUCCUUUGAUGGAGCCUUUUAUCAAUCAUUACUUAACAUUCAUAAUCACUGCUUCAUUGAUGCACAGAAGUCUAUUGAUAAAGCAAGGAGUUCACUGGAUGCUGAACUGACUGCACUGGUUGGUGAGUCAUACAACAGAGCCUACCACUUGAUGGUCAGUGUGCAGCUACUCUCUGAACUGGAGGAGAUCAUACAGUGUCUGGUGAGACCUGAGAAGAAGAAACAGCUACAGAAGACAUGGUGGAACAGAUUACUGGGUUGCCAGCGUAACAUGGAGGACUGGCAGAGAAUACUUCAAGUUCGAUCCCUAGUCCUGACACAGCAAGAAGAGCUAAAGAGUUGGAUCAAGUUUGCAUCAAUUUGUCGUAAGAGUGGUAAACUGGUCCUCUCAGAGAGGACACUGAUCACACUCCUCAGCAACGACCAGUCCUUCAACAUUGAUGCUGAUCCUCUCUCUGUUAAAUUCCCUCAGGUGACUUUGGCAUACAUGAAGCACAAGUGGCACGCUGAUCAAAAACAGGAAGCAUUUCGUUUGCUUGACCAGUUUGUGGUUCGUCUUCAAAGUGAUAACAUCGAUCCUUCUGCCUCUAAUGAAACCAACCAACUUUUAGCAAGGUGUUAUUUAAAGCUAGGUGACUGGAAAGCUGAACUAAACCCAGACUCAUCCUCUCUCACCACUUCCUUCAGUUCCAUACUCCAUUAUUAUGAACUAGCAACAAAGUUUGAUCGCCAGUGGUACAAGGCCUGGCAUGCCUGGGCAUUCAUGAACUUCCAAGCUUUACUCCAUCAAAGACAAGAGCAGCAAAAGCUUCAAAAGACUAACGUUAUCUUAAGCGAAGACUCUACCUCCAGUGAAUCCACUAAUAAGAUUGGACCAGUAGAUAUGACGGCCUCCAUACAGUAUUCCAGUAGUGCAGUUCAUGGCUUCUUUAGGUCUAUAUCUCUUUCUUCUGGUAACUCACUCCAGGACACUCUAAGGCUACUGACUUUGUGGUUUGACUAUGGUCACAUCUCUGAGGUUCAUGAAGCUCUUGAGGAAGGAAUCAAAACAGUGGAUAUUGAAAACUGGCUCCAGGUCAUUCCCCAGUUGAUAGCUCGUAUAGACUCACCUCGUAGACUGGUCUCCAAACUUAUUCAUGAGCUACUCACUGACGUAGGACGACACCAUCCUCAGGCUUUAAUCUACCCAUUGACAGUAGCUGCUAAGAGCCAGAGCACUGUUAGACGUGAUGCAGCUGAUAUGAUUCUGAGUAACAUGCGUGAGCACAGUUCUGAUCUGGUUCAGCAAGCAGUGAUGGUAUCAGAGGAGCUGAUAAGAGUGGCUAUACUCUGGCAUGAGCAGUGGCACGAGACAUUAGAGGAUGCCUCAAGGAUGUACUUUGGUGAGCACAAUGUUCAAGGAAUGUUCAAGGUCCUAGACCCACUUCAUCAGAAGUUGGACAAAGGCCCAGAGACACUUAAAGAAAUCUCCUUUAAUCACGCUUAUGGUCGGGAUUUGGCAGAGGCCUCAGAGUGGUGCAAGAAGUUCCAGACCAGUAGCAAUGUGAAAGACCUCACUCAGGCCUGGGAGCUCUAUUAUCAUGUCUUUAGACGAAUCUCUAAGCAACUGCCACAGCUUACCACGUUGGAGUUACAGUAUGUGUCUCCUAAACUGUUGGCAUGUAAAGACUUGGAAUUAGCCAUUCCUGGAAGCUAUGAGCCACACUGUCCCAUCAUUCACAUCAAGAGUGUCUCCUCAUCUCUCAAUGUCAUCACUUCUAAGCAGAGACCAAGGAAACUUGUAAUGGAAGGGAGUGAUGGUCGGAGUUACAUGUUCUUAUUGAAAGGUCAUGAGGAUCUCCGUCAGGAUGAGAGGGUAAUGCAGCUCUUUGGUCUGGUCAACACACUACUGGACAAUGACCCAGAGACUUUUAAAAGACACUUGAGGAUUCAGAGAUAUUCAGUAAUCCCUCUCUCUCCUAAUUCUGGUCUGAUUGGUUGGGUUCCUCACUGUGACACUAUCCAUGCUCUGAUAAGAGACUAUAGAGACAAGAAGAAGAUUAUGCUCAACAUUGAGCAUCGCCUAAUGCUACAAACAUCAUCUGAUUAUGAUCAUCUCAUGUUAAUGCAGAAAGUUGAAGUCUUUGAACAAGCCAUUAACAGUACUACUGGUGACGAUUUGGCUAAAGUAUUGUGGCUCAAGAGCCCCAGCUCUGAAGUUUGGUUUGAUAGACGUACCAAUUACACACGCUCACUGGCUGUAAUGUCAAUGGUUGGCUAUGUACUGGGACUGGGUGACAGGCAUCCCAGUAAUCUUAUGCUGGACAGAUUGACUGGUCGGAUAUUACACAUUGAUUUUGGUGACUGCUUUGAGGUGGCUAUGACGAGAGAGAAAUUCCCAGAGAAGAUACCUUUUAGAUUAACCAGAAUGCUUACCAAUGCAAUGGAGGUGACUGGAAUAGAGGGUAACUUCAGGCGGACCUGUUGCUCAGUGAUGAGGGUCCUUAGGGAUAACAAGGACAGUGUCAUGGCCGUCCUGGAAGCUUUUGUCUACGAUCCUCUGCUUAACUGGAGACUCAUGGAUGAUAAUGGAAAGGCUAAGAGCAAGCCCAUACCUCAGCAAUCUGACACCACAACCAUCACUACCAGCAACGCCACCACUAACAACAGCACUGGAAGAUUGUUCCCUACACCUGGUGUGGAUGUCCCUGAGUCCCAGCAGUAUCAUCCUGAGGAGCUUAACCGUAAAGCACUAGCCAUCAUUGAAAGAGUCCGACAAAAAUUAACAGGAAAUGAUUUCCGUCAUGAGAAGAUGAUAAAUGUUGAUCGACAGGUUCAGCUAUUAAUAGAGCAGGCGACGAGUCACGAGAACCUGUGCCAGUGUUACAUUGGGUGGUGUCCCUUUUGGUAGUUAAUGAAUAAAUGAAACUAGAAUAAAGUCGUGGUCUUAUUAUUUUUAUACAUAACAAGAAUGAUUCAAUAUUGUGUAUUCAUUU